AUGUCGGGAUUUUCUGCGCUGGUGGCGGUAUUGUGGUCGUCGACGUUCGCCUUUUCAACAAAUCUGCUGCUGCUGGUCGUGUAUGAGGUGGUGGAUAUCAUUGAACCAGGCCUGCGCCGCUGGGACUGGCACGUCACGCUGCGCGGCCUGCUGGCGCUUCUGCUGGGCGCUCUCCCGCUGCACCACGCACACCGCCUGCUCUCCAGCGGCGGCCCGUUCUGGCGGCAGCGGGCGGCGACGGGGGCACUCUUGGCGUGGGGCGCCUUCCUCUACGGAUUCUGGUCCCUGGGGCGCUUCCUGCCGGGUCUUCCCGCCAUCAUCAGAGUCGGCGUGUUAGGCACGUGGCUCAUCAGCGCUCUGUCUGGCUACGCCUCUGUGGACUUCCCUUACAGCUAUUUGUCGCUGUUUGUGCGGCCUGUGGAGGCGGCUGAGGUGGCGGCCAUGGAGAGCCAGUACAGACAGGCUUUGGAAACGUGCGCCGAGAAGAAGAAACGGAUUCUGCUGGCGGAGCAAGACGCGGCCCGCGAGGCCGCCGCCGGCGGCCCCAAGCGCGGCGGCGCGGGCGGGCUGCUGUCGGGGGUCAUCCAGAGCGUGCAGGGCGCGCUCGGCGGCGGCGGCGCGGGGCCGGGCGCGGCGGCGGCGCACGCGCGGGCGCUGAAGCAGGAGCUGUCCACAUGGGAGACGCUGGCGUCGGCCCUUCUUGUUGAGCUGAUGGAGCUCAAAUCUGAGCGCCAGCGCGCCCUGGACAGCCGCACCCUCCUCGGCCACGGCCGCAACGCCCUGGGAUACGCAAUGAGCGCGUACUGCGUGUUCCGCGUGAUAAUGAGCCUCAAGGCGCUGGCCGUGGGGGAGGACUUCUCAAGCGACCCCGUCAGCAGCUCCCUGGGCUUUGCCCUGCGCCGCCUCAGCCACGAGCGGCUGGUGGUCGACCCCGCGGCCCUCAACCAGUACGUCACCCUGGCCUUCAUAGGCACCAUCAGCGCCCUCUCAAUACGCGCCUUCAUGCGCAACGCGUGGCAGGUGAAUAAGAAAAACGGCUAG